UUGAAAGAAAGAGCAGAAAAGCUAGAAAGCUGGAGGAAGAAAGAGCAACUCAGGGAACAGAAGAAGACAGAAAAGAAGGACCUUUUACAUCAGCAAAGUUCAAUGUGGGUUUCUGAAGAAAACCUGGAAAAGAGAAUCUUAGAAGCCAUCGUUGAUACAACUCCUCUAUAAUUUUGAUGGUAACGUUCUGACCUGAGGGUUUUGCAUAGAGUGUUUUGCAUUUAGAGUCUGUUUGGUUUGUCAAAAAAGGAAUGCAGUGUAGAAAUAAUGUUUUCUUUUUCGAAUACUUUAGAGUUAUUUGUUAAAUGCAGAAUUUUAUAUCUUUCUUGUUUGAUUUGAAGAAGAAAGAAUUCAAUGUAGGGUGUGGGUGGCUAUGGUGGGCAUGACGGCCAACAGCCUAGGUGGUGGCUGCAGUAGGCAUGGUAGCCGCCACCAUUUAUAAUGUACUUAGAGAUCCCCAAAACUGAAAAUUUUCAAAUAUACUCAAAAUUA